AUGGCAUUCACAAAGAGUGCCAACUUUGAAUCAGCUCUCCACGAUGCCAACCUCAUACAGCAACUCUCACCUUCUUCAGCACUUGGUUACUUACGGGAGGCCGACGUGUACGGUGAACAAGGCAAGCAAUGUCAUAUCAUUAAUAUCUGCAACAAGGGGCUGAGUAAAGUCGACACCAAUGAUAAGCACUAUGCAACACUGCAACAAGUCAAAGAGGAUGCUGAGCAACGCCAAAGCACACGUAUUGACUUUAUCAAACAACUACCUACCGACAUUGUUAUUACAACUCUCGUUCCCAUGUUGAUGGACGAUUUUAUUAUGAGCUCAACCACGCCAAGCCCCUACUUGUAUGUGUCCAAUGUAUGGCGUGAUCGUAUUGUUCAGUGCUUCAAUGGGUUACGUUUCGAUGUUGGAGAUACCGAAGGCCACAGUCUGUCACAUGUGGUUGGGCUUUCCCGGUGUAUCAAGAAAUUGUAUGUGGGCCAGGUUGCCAACGAGGUAUGGAUUUGUGAUUUGCUACGCAAUAAUGACUUUUGUUCGCUACGGGAGUUAUCGAUUGAAUGUAAGUAA